AUGAAUCCGCCCUACAUUUCUCAUCCAGCAUACAUGGAUCGUUACUACACACCGGUAGCUCCCACAGUUAGCACUAAACCGUGUUUAAGUACCAACAGCUGCGCGGAUCCCAGAAGUACGGCUGCACUCGAGACGUACUAUCAGCCUCCCUACUGCCAUUCUGUGAAUUACUCCAGGCAAGAGAUGAUGUUGACAACCCCUCGGAUGGCCUCUCCAAAUUGUGAGGACGGUUCUUCUGCUGGCGGGUUUAUUGGUGGGUUUAAUACCUCAAAUGUUAAUACAUCCUCGGAUUUCCACUUCCCUGUGGUACCACCUCCCGCGCCGUUACCCCUAAGUAUGCAGCUAGGUGGGGGUCGACCAUUCUAUUCUCAGGCCUUCGCGAUGCCUCCGACGCCGUCACCUAAUAGCCAUUCUGCACAGACGUAUCCAAGAGAUUUUUAUGCUUCACAGCCCGAGUACAAUGCUAUACAGCAGGCUGGUAUGUAUUCGUAUUUGCAGCAAAAUCGAUCGCAGAUGAUGCUGCCUGUAGGUGGUGGUACCUACAUGCCUUUUCCAGGUCAAUCGGUUAUAGGUCACGAAACGAAUGCAGAUGGAGGAAAUGUGAGCGAUGCAGCUGCCACAGUAAGCUCAAAUAAAACUGAAGCAAAAAAAAAUUCUGAAACCACUGAGGGAAGCGAUGCUUACGUAACUCAAAAGGGUAGUAGGGAGGUAGAAGUGACCAAUCGUGAUGCCAAUUUGGAGGACAAGAGCAGUACGAAUGGUGCGAGCGCGACAGCCUCAAAGGCUGAAGGAUGUGUGAAUAUCAUCGUUGCCACAAUGGGUACUAAUAGUGUUGACAAUUAUCAGAAUCCAACCUUCCAGAAGCAUCUGCAUGGGCACUGCUACACGGAGGCUUAUCCGCACCACCACCACAGGACCACCUACAAUGGGUUAGCCCUCAGAGAAGCUGAGGCUGAGGGUCACGAGGACACUCCGCCUUCCGUCACAGAAGCUUCGGAUGGUCGUCUAUCCGGCCUCACGCGUUCGAUCGUCAUGACGUCAAAUUCCAUCCAAAAUCAUCCCCCUGCCGUUUCCUCAGACCAAGUAGCUGAACUGCCCAACAGCAAGCCGCCCAUAGAGUUACAUGGGACGACGACGCCAGGGACCACGGCGACCUAUCCGCCAAAGGAUGUGAGUUCGUCCACUUCUACGCCAAUUGGUGUGGCCUAUCAUGAACACCAGGUAGCAAGGGAGGGCACACCACGCAACUCUCAGCAACGGCAUCCCCCAGUACCCAUCAGCAGCUCCCUUGAGAUCUCUACCGAGGAGGAAAGGAGGUCGCAGGAUCGGCCCCCUCAUCUGGUGACCGAACCUCUAUUUGAGGUCGCUCCUAGUUUACCCUCAGGACACUUGACCGUUGUAAACUCAGCCGGAAGGGAGACCGAAGGGGGAUCCAAGCCGGUAACAGCGAAUACAACCCCAGUGCGUCACCCUCCAUGCUACACGAAUGCUAUGGAUCGCUAUUGGCACUCCUUCCCGCCCUCCCACAUCUUGGCAUUGGAUGCCGGCGCGUUUCCCACCUCAGCCAGCACCGGUAGUCCACAGGGGCUACCCAUUAACUACGAGCCGCCCAUGCACGGCCCACUGUCUUCGCAUCAAUCACCUAUGAUGCAUGGUGUUAGUGGUGCGCGGACUUUAAAAUCGAAUUCACCAUAUUCGCUUCUUAACACGCCGCAUUCGUAUAGGGAGGAGAUCUGCAUUUCCAGGCAGGCGUGUGGACAACUUCAGAAAAAGGGUCCGGGGGCCGUUGCCACAGUGGCCUCUACCGGUGCACGGAGCCAGCCGCCGCCGUUCGGGGCCGUAGUUGGUGGGGAGGGCGGCAGCAGUGCAGCGGCAUUUCCACACUCUCCGACAACUGUCGACGGCUGUGUGUCAUUUAAUUCCCCAUGUUGCGGGCACAUGGAUACAGAUACAUUGGGUGCAGUCUCGGGAUAUCCCAUGCCGGUCACAGCUUUUGCAGGCACCAACAAACGUUCAUAUAAUAGUAAUGUCCCUCAGCAACAGCAGCAGCAGCGGUACCCACAGCAGUAUUCCUACCCGCAGCCCCAACCGACACAGUGCUCAUUCCAAACACUGAAAACCCCUGUAUUGGGUAUUCCUUCUCAAGGGGAGCGCGGUGGUGUUAGCCAUUUAAAUGGCAAUUAUAGGAAUCAACGUGGUGGUCCACAACUCUGCAUUGCCCCCAAGAUGCCUGACCAUUUUGUGUAUAGUGGAGCGGCUGUCUCGCCGAUGACGGGCACUGGGAGUCACCUUCAACCUAAUCAGACUAGCGACAUCAACUCCAACGCUAACACGGCUUCCAGCGCCCGUUUUCCCAUGCCAGGUGGCAACUACCCACAUCACGUUCACACUGCAUCCCAUCCUCAGAAGCAGCGGGGUAACUCGAACUACGGUUACCCCAGUGGUGUGCCCCCACUCCUUUACGAGUACCACAUCGCACCGACGCAGGAAACAUGGAUUGAGGAGAUGGAGGCUGAUGCUUCCUUUGAUCCUGCAGUAUAUGGGAACAUUGUUUGUCUUGUCAAUGCUUUUUCCCCGCGUGUGCCAGUAGUGUACGACUUGGAGUCGCCCUUUCAGGAUGACAUAAAUUCGUCAUCGCAGAGGUUAGAGUCCAUGUCGUCGUCUGAUUCUAUUCCCUCGAUCAGUUCGUCGAUACAUGGGGAUAUUAAUAAGGUUGCACACCAGAACCUGACAAAUACUUUACAUGGUCACACAGAAGCUGCCAACGGUGCUAUGCCAGUGCCUAAGACGGAGUCGCAGUGUGCUAAUGACAUCAAUUCCCCCAUUAAAAACGUCUCGAAACAAGCUAUGCAUGGGAAUCAAUACCGUAUUUCACAUUCGCGUAAUACAGAUAUGGAAUCAAGUAGCAAUGGAAGCUGCCCUAUCCCUCCGUUCACAUCAGUGAAGGAUGUGGGUAGCAGUGUUAAUACUGGCGGCGUUGUCGACCUUGAUGCGGUUCCACUUGUGCGACAGUACCAAGACUUCGAAGGCGUAUAUUUCGUGGAGCCUAUCGUGUCCCUGGCGUCGGUGUGGAAUAGUUUCAACUAUCCUUUCGGCUGCUUGGUUCCCCUCUCCCAGGUCGUCAUUCUUUCCAACAUGCGACCACCUGAGAGCAAGGUGGUGUAUACACCACUGCUGAGUGGCUUCCGAAUUCGCUUCCACGAUGCUUCGGCCGCGUACGCAAAGCUGCUUGCUUUGCAGCGCCAAGAAAGCAACGAGAAGACGAACAUCAAGGAGGGGCUGAACUCGUUGCCUUCCUCUCCCAAUGGCGUGAUUUCAUCCAGCUCCCCGGGCUUGUUGACUUGGAGCGCCUCAGAGCGUCCUGAUAAUCGUAACGGAGUUGUAGAGCAAGUAGAGGAGCUUGCACGGGCAAACGAAGCGUUUCGCACGCUUCUCACCGCCACAACUGCGGAUAUUGAUCACCAGUCAUGGGUGGCUAUCAUGUGGCAGCCCGUGUUUUGUGGCGGCCACACGGCUAAACAGAGCUGCGGCACGUUUCUCGCCUUUUAUAUGCUGCGGGCACCGCGUCAUAUCUUUGUGCCUUUCGCCGACAAGAGCGCUGCGACCUGUAUGAACAGCUCGUGGGAUAGCCCUGUAUUUCGUGUCGAUCAUGAGAUGCUUUCGUUUGAUAUCUGGGGCUUUGAACGGCGCUAUUACGUUGGCCGCUGCACAAAUCCUUCCUUUUCAGCGACUAUCGGCAGCGAGGCCAGGCAACCAUCCGUACCGCAAGAGGUGGUAUCGCUUGUUAACCCUAUUGAAAAUGAGGGUGUCGAGGCGCGCAAUUCGAUGGAUCCUGCCCGAGACUCCCCUCAAUCCGCUUCUGGGGGGGGCGGAUUGGGGAGAGAGACAAGGCGUCCUUUCGUGGGAGAUGGUGUCUCCGACUUCAACUACGGCCCCGAUCUCUUAGAUCCGCACGCAACAAACAAGCAGGUGUUGGCGUCCUCUUCCACUCGUCAGGUGCGCUUGCCUCUCAUCGGGCUCAUCUUCAAUCGCUCCCGCUCGGAUGUGUGGUUGUGCCCGUCGAUGAUCCCCCCUGCGGAGGCCAUGCCCGGCCCCGGUUCCCUUCCCCUGCCUGGCCCCCAACGGACGUAUCGGGCGCCGCUUUUCUUACUUGUCAGUGCGCUGCAGCUGAUGUGCUGGAAUGCCUUUGAAGAGGAUCGCCGCCUCAAGCGUUUUGAUCUUCAAAGGGAGGGAGAGUAUGAUAAGGUGGAGGAUAGUAGGCAGAGCGAGCUGCUCCGGAGUAGCGUAGCGAACACGGCUUACGGGGAGGAUGGUAACCAAAUGGCAACAACCCUUGGGGAAAAGGACGAGGGUGGCGAGAGGACUGACAGAAAGAGACAUAUGGAUGCCAGCACGGAUGUAACGACAACGAAUUAUACGCAGGUUGAGGGCCGUACAUCUAGAGACCAAUCUCUUUACCCUGUGGAUACCUCUCAUAACGAAACCACUCAUAAUGAUGGGGAUCCCAUAUCUUCGAAUUCCCAGUCGGAGCGCGUUUCGCUGCAGAAGGAAUUUGGUAAACGCGCUCCGUCUCCACACCACGUCGCAAUGCCUCCUUAUUACACAAAGGGCACCGAGUUGCUGGUGAAUGCCGCACGCAACUAUCGUAACUUGCGCGAGGCAGCUAUGAUUGACUCCAACGCCGAGGAAGCGGCUGGUUAUAACCACGCCUCCGUCAAUUCACACACCGGCGCGUCUGUUGGCGGUUGCGAGCCAAAUAAAGAGCCCCUUGCGGACGGUGAUGGAAGAGUGUCCGGCCACUCUGAUCUUCCCCUCCGUGUUGUGUCUGGAGGCACUAACGUCGAGCUCUGCGGGAGCUCUGGCAGUGUGAUUCUGGGAUUGCUGGAUUUCUACCAGUGGGCGCAGUACGAUGCCUCCAUCACCGACCUCGCGGAGCGGUAUUGCAUGGAUCCCGGAUGGAGGGAAGGCAUCCACCGAAGAAUCGGGAGACAACUGGAGCCGCGGUAA